ACGAUCGAUUACCUUUGCUUGUUUGUAAACAUGUAAAUAUGGCGUAUGUUCGUUUUAAUGUGAAAAGUGAAUUAUCAUUAUCAUGUAUAGUUCUGCUAAUAUAUUUUCAAGUUUCAAAAUGCAGCGAAGAAAGCAACUGCUCGAAGUUACAAAUUGGACAGUAUAUAUGUUUUCCCCCUGAGAUUAAUUCAACUACACAGCAGCCUGUGGGGUGUAGCAGACAGACUGAUGGGUCGUACAAAGCUUAUGCACCAUGUGUGCCAGCACCAAGGGUUAGUUGCACAGGACUGUCACAAAAUGGCACAUUUAAAAGACCAGUUGACUGUAAACCAACAAAUGGGAAGUCAUUUGAAACAGCUCUUCUACUUUCCGUGUUCUUGGGCAUGUUUGGGAUAGACCGCUUCUAUCUGGGAUAUCCUGCCUUAGGUCUGCUGAAAUUCUGUACACUAGGCUUCAUGUUUGUUGGACAGCUCGUCGACAUCGUCCUCAUUGCAACACAGAUAGUCGGACCUGCAGAUGGAUCUUCUUACAUCAUUGAUUACUAUGGUGCUGGCGUUAUGCACCUAGUAGUGGACAAUGUUACCUACUACCAUCCCACGGGCUGAACUCGUUUAAGUUUCUUGUCAUACUGCUUAUGUUAUACUGCUUAUGUCAUACUGUUUAUCACUCGCACAUGUAAAAUUGUGAAAUGUCUUGUAAUUGUCUUGAUUUAUUAAAUAUUGUUUAUGGAUUUA